AUGGCAGAAAUUACCAAAAGGCUAUUCAACAUAUUAGACUUAACUGGACAAAAAUUCUUAGAAUGGAAAGAAGAUGCCAUCAUGAACUUAGAAGCUCAAGGGCUUGAACAUACUGUAUUGGAAGUAAAUGAAAAGGAUCCAAUAGAUGGAACUCAAGCUACCAAAAUAAAGAUCCCAAAACAUUGUGGGACUCUCUUGUUGAGAGAUUUGAUCACCACAAAAGGAGAAAGAAAUUUUAAAAGAUAUUCAGAUUUGAGUGUAGUACUCUCAUUGGCUGAACAGCACAAUGAUCUCGUCUGGAAAAAUCAUAAUAUGAGACCUAUUGGAUCUCAAGCUAUCCGUGAGGCACACUCUACUAAAACACAUGUGCCUGAAGCACAUGCCGUUGAAAAUAAAGGCCGUAGAAAUUACUAUAACCGUGGUAGAGGACGCGGAAAUUUCCGAGGAAGAGGACGAGGACGAGGUCGUGGAAAUUUUUAUGGACAUGGUAGAAAGUUUCAAGGAUCCGGUAGAGGCCAUUUUCCCCAAAAUUAUCAAAAUGAUCAUUACAAUAAUAAUUCUCGAAGGGGAAAACAAGUUGGCUAUCACAAUAGAAAUAGCCAUCAAGAAGGAAAAGAAAGCAUUUGUUACAGAUGUGGCAUGACAGGGCAUUGGUCACGUACAUGUCGUACUGCCAAACAUUUGGUUGAGCUGUAUCUAGGCUCCCAAAAGAAAAAAGGAAAAGGUGUGGAAGCAAACUGUAAUGAAGCAAGCACCUCAAUGCCCAAUACUUCUAUUUAG